AUGAAGCUCACCCUGCUGUGGAUAGCGACCGCGCACGCCCUCGUCCCGCACCGAGGCGCGUUGCCGACGGCGCCGCGCCACCGCAGCGGUAGCGCAGCGCCAACGAUGAUCUGCCCCCUGGCGCCGCUCGCGCCGCUCUGGCUCGCGGGAAAGGCCGUCAUCGAGGGGCGAAGGAAGUUCUUCCCGGACAGCGAACCGUGGCCGCGAGCGUGGGAGGAGUCCGACGUCUGGCUCGAGAACUCCAUAUCGUUCGGGCCGAAGAAGUCGCGCGCGGCCGGUGACACGGCGAAAUGCCCGAUCCCCGUCGAGGAGCGGCAGCAAAUGACGCGACCGCCGACCACCUCGCAGUGAGUCGGCCCUCGCGUCGUACCCUCUCUCGUAAUUGUGUUUUUCUAUGGCUGUUGCAAAACGGGUUUCAUUUCGAGGAAGUCCGAGUCUAGUUACUGAAAAAAGUGCACCACCACAACGCCCGUUCAAUAAAAUUGCGACGGAGAACACCCUACAGGGUUCUCCCACCCUCGCGCCUCGGAAAAGCGAAACCGUAGCACCGUGUUACGCAAAUCGAAAAAUUGCAGCAGGUCGCCGUGCGUGACCCCGAGGAAUGCGCCAUGGCGUAUUUGCCUGGCUUCGACAUCUGCGCGGGCGACCCGCCGGCGGAGGACGCGUGCUACGGGGACAGCGGCGGCCCGCUCCUGGUGCGCGACGGCGACGCAUGGGCCCAGGUCGGCGUCGUGAGCCGCGGGAAUGGUUGCGCCGCCGUACCCGGGCUCUAUGCAGACGCCACGGCUUUGAGAGAGUGGAUGCUCACCACCACGGGCGGCUUCGAAGGUCAGGAACGGGCCGCGCCGCAACCGUCUGCGCGGCCCACCGCGCCGCCGACGCCCAGACCGGUAGCACUUGACUCGGCGCCGCAGCCGACGACGCGGCCGCCGACGCCGCGGCACUGGGGGACGGGCGUCGGCUGGUGCUACGCGCGCCUCCAGAAAGAGAUCUGGGCCACGACCCCACAGGACUGCUGGGCAAAUUGCCACGCCGCGUACGGCGAACGGCUCGUCGCGGUCGACUUCUGGGAGAACGGAAACGGACGAAACUGCUACUGCAUGGACGAGUGCCAGUGCAUGUUUCCAACGCCCGACGACGACAUCACGCCUUACGUGAUUACAGUCGACUCGAUCAGCGAGCUUCCCGAGGCGUGCGAGAGCUAUUCUUACGACUUUUCGUACUGGUACGACGACGAAGCGACGCCGCCGCCGACGGCGCAAGAGUCAUCACCGGUAACGCCCGACGAACCCCUCGGGCUGCCCGAGGACUCGGCGACGGCCGCGCCGGCGGCUGAGUCCGACGGAGCGCUCGGACGGCGACUCGCGCGGGCCGCGGCGGCGUGCGCGUUGGCGGCCCUCCUCCUCUAA